UUUCUAAGAGUCAUAUAUGUCAGUGAACUCGAAGUAUGUUCCGCGAAUUCCGGAGGAAGCCGGUGUAUAGUAUAGCAAAGCCAGAAGACGACGAUGACCAACAACCUACCGGUUCCACGGAUCUCGCGGUCUUUGACGGAUACUCUCGUUUCGCACGAGACGCCCCUGAGCAUUUUUCUUGGCAGAAAUUUUACGAACAACUUUCGAUCGUCUGCAAAUUUAGAUAUCGGAUAUCCAAACACUCGGCGAACGAUCCCGAAACAUCGUGGCGAUGAUUCGUGACCCAGUUCUCGCGAAGUUGUUUGCACUUCGUUACAAUAUGCGAUCGGUUCGACGAUGAAUCACCGGGUUGGCUAAUGAAUUAGAAACUAAUUGCACAUAAACGCAACUAUGUCUGCACAAAGGACAAUGUUUGUGAACAAACAGUUCAACUCCCCUAUCAAUUUAUACUCGCCUCAAGCAAUACAGGAGACUUUGGACAGGCAAACUCAAGUUUUAGCUAAUGGUGCAGUUGGGAUCGAUUUCAAUCAACUCGCCAAACCAGCGAAUUUACAAAACAGUGCGGUUUUACGAAUGCUCGAAGAAGAAGAAGCAAGGCAACGAGGUGGUCAACCCAGACUCAAGCGCGUAGCUUGGCCACCACCUCCGGAAGAUCAGGACUUCGACUUUGUGGAACAAGGCCCUGUACAGGCGAAGACCCGUGGAAUCGGUGAUCUCGCCUCGUACCAGAGCAGUCCCUCGUCAGGUUCGUCACCGCAGCCACCUUCGACGAUCGCUCGUUCGUCGACACGAAGCGCCGUUCCAUCGUCUCCGUCGCCGGUUAGCCCUGGUGGAACGCUACGGCAACCGUCGCAUUUCCAACAUCAGCCGGGCCCAAAGGGUUGGCGACCGGUAACACCCCCGGCCACUUCUCCCAUCUCCCAACAACCGAUUCAGCCUAAUUGGCCAAUCAGUCAGCAACAGCAACAGGAUUACCAGCAACACCAAGAUUAUAGUUCGACACGACCGGCACAAAAUCAACCCCCCGCCGCGUUUGAAGCACCGCCCUCCACGAUCACACUUCGCCCGCAGCCUCCGAUAUCACAGGCACCAGCGCCAGUUUACCAAGCACAACCUGCCGCGACAAAGGCUCCAGUAAGUGGAAAUAUGAGAGGAGAUUUAAAGUGGCCGCCGCAAUCGGUGAAAGCUCAAACGGAAGCCGAAAACAGAGCUAGGAUGGAGUUGGCGAAAGGUCCUGCUUUUAGGCCUCGUAGAGUGCAAAAGGAUUACAGCGGAUUUUUCGCGCAACACGCUCUGAACAGCACCUAUCCCGGUUACCGAGCUCCGCCAGGCACUCAAUACUUCACCCCUUCUUAUCAGCAUUAGUAAAUCAAUUUGGAUGUUAUUUAUCUUAUUCGUAAAUUCGUCCUGAGCUUGAUGUAUGUUUCACAACGUUUAUGAGAACCGUAAAUUUCUUCUUUUUUUUUUUUUUUUUUUUUUUUUUUUUUUGGUCAUUUGAAAUGAAACGUUACAGUUGAUGGAGAAAACAGAAGAAAUCACUCAGGAUGAUGUCCUAUCGUUAAAUUUCGAAAUUAAUAAGAAGGAAAAGCAUUGAAAAGAAGAAGAAGGAUCAUACACGAAUAAUCCAAAUUAUAUUUCAGUUCAAAUUUCAUUUUUUAUACAUAUAGGACUAGGAACUGUACACGUACGAUAAAAUACGUGUUUCGCUCUUUCAGCUCUUAGUCGAAAUUAAUAUUAAUCCCUCCCCCUCCCGAGAUAGUAUACUUUCACGAGUAAGAUGUCUUUAUUUUCUCGCGGUUCUUGAGAUACCCUCUGUCCGAAUUUCGAAUUUGAACAUAAAUAUUUUCCAUGUGCCGAGACUGAUGGAACACUUACUGUUUUUUCGUCUUUAAAACUUUGAAAUCGUGUUGCUUUUUAUUUUCUUCAGUGAAAACAAUGAAUAUAUAAAUGAAAACAAAUUUUUUAACAGAGCAAUAUUUAUCUCCCGAAAUAAUGGUGACAAUUAAUUGAAGUAUGUGUUCCGAUGGUACAUGUGUUGUCACUAUGAUAAAAAAUAUCGAUUAAUGCAAAUUUCCCAACGACUAACGAAUGCCACUGUUCGAAUAAAAAUACGAAAAUUCGAAUGAAGUACGACAAAUUUUUAUGAAUAAAUUAUUAAUAUUGAAAAAGUUAAAAAAAAAAGAAAAAUGACCAUGUGUCGAUUACAUGACUAACGAAACUUUUUAAUAAAUGUAAUAUAUUGAUGUGUAUAAAUAAAAAAUAUUUACAAAUUUAA